AUGACUGGCGAUGGAGUUAACGAUGCUGUUGCUCUGAAGUCGGCUGACAUAGGUGUGGCAAUGGGCAAGGCCGGUACAGAUGUAUGCAAGGAGGCCGCUGACAUAGUUCUCCUCGAUGAUGACUUUGCUACCAUCCUGGCUGCAAUGGAGGAGGGAAAGGUCAUUUUUCAUAAUAUCAAGAACUUCAUUAGAUUCCAGCUUGGCACGUGA